AUGAGAGGGUUAAGUUAUGAAGUGCAUGAGCGUUGCGGUUGUGCUCUACGGAUCACCCAUGGGAUACCAUGUGCUUGCCAGAUUCAUGAUUCAAUGCGUGUUAAGAAGGGGUUGUAUUGCACCCAAAUUCAUCCAUUUUGGCAGAGCCUUGUCAUUGGUGAUGGUGUUGAUAUUCCGGAAUUCGUUGACGAGUCGGCAGAAGAAGCAACACAUUUUCGUUCACUUGUCGACGAGGUUUUGGCUAGUGACCCUGUUACAGUUCGAAAUGUUUCUCGCAUCAUUGAAGAUGAAAUGCAUCCGAAUCAUUCAGAUCUUGAAGAGCCAGAAGUGAAUCACUCAACACGGGGUCGUCCACGGGAUCAUUCAACUAGGCGUAACCGUAGCCAUUUUGAGAAUGUUGAGCGUAACAGUAGCGGUCGUAGAGGGAGAAUGUCGGGCCAACAUAGUUCGAGGCAAAACCGUCAAACUGAAUCCGGAGGAAAUGGAUUCAACAUCGAACAAUGUAGGUACGCUCACUUGCUUCCCAUACCUAUAUUGCCUUACAUAACCGGGUGGAAUGAUGUCAUUGGUGAUGGUAAUUGCGGCUUUCGUUGUGUUGCCGCUUUCUUCAUGGAUGAUCAAGAGCAAUGGAGGUUAGCUCGACAAUUCAUGGCUAAUGAGAUUACUGGUUAUCCGCACUCAUACAGGAGGAUUUAUUACGAGGAAGGUGGUUUGGAUUUUGAGAUACAACGUAUUUGUUGGAGCGGUGGCCCAUGUGGGGAAAGACAUUGGAUGGUAGCCUUUCAGGAUUUGUACGUAAUUGCUACCUUAUACAAUGCAACCGUGAUUUGUUAUGGCAUUGGACAGACACCAACGAGCUACUAUCUGUGCAUUACUGUGUUACCGUUGCGGGCCCCCGACAAUGCUACUGCACCAACUCGAGAGUUUGUUAUAGCAACUGUUGGUGGGUCUCAUUUUAUACUUUUGCAGCUUGACCAAAACCAUAUGAUUCCCCCAAUUGCAAAUGUUUAG